AUGAAGCGGCAAUUUUUGAUAACCUUCUUCCUGGCGUUCGUCUUGCAAGACGGGAGGUGCAACGGAAUCAGAUGGUUAGCCUUGUUCAAGACUCCGUCGACUUUGGCCUUGAACCAGACCCAGCACUGUAAGCAGCUGGAAGGGCUGGUGGUUUCUCAAGUGCAGCUGUGCCGCAGCAACCUGGAACUGAUGCAGACCGUUAUUCAGGCUGCCCGGGAGGUGAUCAAAACCUGCCGCAAAGCCUUUGCCGACAUGAGGUGGAAUUGUUCCUCCAUUGAGCGCGCUCCCCAUUACCUGCUGGAUUUGGAGAGAGGUACCAGGGAGUCAGCUUUUGUAUACGCUCUCUCCGCCGCAGCCAUCAGCCAUACCAUUGCCAGAGCCUGCACCACCGGGGACCUCCCUGGCUGCUCCUGUGGUCCCAUCCCAGGUGAGACACCUGGACCUGGGUAUCGCUGGGGAGGAUGUGCUGACAACCUCAACUAUGGUCUUGUCAUGGGGUCCAAAUUUUCAGAUGCUCCUAUGAAGAUGAAAAAAUCAGGAUCACAAGCCAGUAAGCUGAUGCAUCUGCACAACAGUGAAGUAGGGAGACAGUCCCUGAAAGCAUCUUUGGAAAUGAAAUGCAAAUGCCACGGAGUGUCUGGUUCCUGCUCAAUCAAGACGUGCUGGAAGGGCCUUCAGGAGCUGAAGGACAUUGCCCUGGACUUAAAAAACAAAUACCUCUCAGCGACCAAGGUCGUCCAUCGGCCCAUGGGCACCCGCAAACAUCUGGUCCCCAAGGAACUUGACAUCCGUCCAGUGAAGGAGACCGAGCUGGUGUAUCUGCAGAGUUCCCCUGACUUUUGCAUGAAGAAUGAGAAAGUGGGCUCCUACGGGACCCAGGACAGACAGUGCAACAAAACUUCCAAUGGGAGUGACAGUUGUGACUUGAUGUGCUGCGGGCGCGGCUACAACCCCUACAUGGACAAGCUGGUGGAGCGGUGCCACUGCAAGUAUCACUGGUGUUGCUACGUCACCUGCAAGAAGUGUGAGCGGACUGUCGAGAGGUACGUGUGCAAAUGAAGCUUCCUCCAGGCCUCUCCGCUGCUUCCUGGUGGGCCAAGGACGUCCACGCCCUCUUUUCCCCAAGGACCCUUCCAACGAGGAGGAAACGCUCCCUUGCAAGGAAGCCAGGGCUUGGUCGAAACAAACCCGUCCUGAUCUUUGACCAACAGGGAUUGCAUCUUUUGAAUGAUCUUUUCGAACAAUCGCUAGUCGCCGACAAAAAGGCCUGCCCACAAAGCUCUGCAAGAGCAAGGACUUUGAACAUAACCAGGAAGUGGCCAUUAUCACUGAAGGACAACUUGUUCACAAAGAAUAAACAUCUUGGGUUUUAUCAUGGCCACUCACGUUUUGGGACCUCAGACUGCAAGUGGCCUCAUGCCUUACGAUGUGUUUGGGGAAGAGAGCAUCUUUCCAUAAAAUGCAUGAACAUGAUGCAGGAGAACAUGGGCUUUUCUGUUGUAAUUCAGUGGACACCAUUUCCU